AUGGAGCUGCUGGAGGCGCGCGUGCACUUUGUGCGCGCGGGUGCUCGCUCGGCCCGCACUGUGUCGAAGGUGUACCUAAACCCAAAUGAUAUGAGCCACUUUGGCCUCGAAUCGGGCUCCUACGUGCUCCUGCUUUGCGGUUUGGCGUGGCCCAUGGACAAGAUCAAGCGUCGAGGAGUCGGCCUAAGCUCCAUGUGGGAGGCGGAAGUAGCAGAGCAACAAAUCGACAAAGCUACAGUGAAGCUACUACAAAAUCCUUGCCCUGUGGCCAAGAGUGUGGCGCUGCAAGUGGUGUCCCGAGCGUCCAGUCACAAGCAGAAGCUCUCGGAGAAGGAACGCACGCUACUAACACGAUGCAUUCGGGCGAUGAUUGACGGUGCUUUGGUCCAUCAAGACGCACUUAUUUCCCUCCCAUUGCACGGUGUGAAUACCGUAUUUCGGCUGCCGAAGGUUGACGGAGAGAAGAAUGAUCACGGGAUCGUAACGAUCAGUGCUGCUAAAACGGCGCUGACGGUGGCGUGGGACGAGAAAGAAGAGGAACAAGAUGGAUUCGCGACGAUCGGUGGUCUGCAGGAGGAGCUGAAGGCGAUUCGAGAAGUGGUGGAGCAGCCGUUGACAAACCCCGAAACGUUCGAGAGAUUCGGUCUCCCUGCUCCUAAAGGUGUGCUGCUGUUUGGGCCGCCUGGAACGGGAAAGACAUUGAUUGCUAGAGCCUUGGCGAGGGAGUUGAAUGCUCGAGUGUUCACGAUCAACGGACCGGAAGUUGUGAGCAAGUUUGUCGGAGAGAGUGAAGCCAACUUGAGAGCUGUGUUUGCACAGGCCGCACGAGAGGCGCCGUCACUUGUGCUUAUUGAUGAGUUGGAUGCUAUUUGUCCGAAACGUGACUCCCGUGUGGGCGAUAUGGAGCGACGUCUGGUGGCGACGUUGCUUACACUAAUGGAUGGACUAAGCGGGUCUCGCCAGGUUGUCGUGCUAGCUGCUACAAACAGACCCAACGCGCUUGACCCUGCUGUGAGAAGACCUGGACGGUUCGAUAGAGAAGUUGAGAUUGGUAUUCCCAGGGCUAAUGAUCGACUUGCUAUUCUACGUGUGGCUUUGAGACGAUUGCCGCACAAACUCACCCAGUCGGAGUUGCAAGAGCUGAGUUCAAGUGCCCAUGGUUACGUUGGAGCUGACCUCAGUGCACUUUGUAAAGAGGCUGCGCUACUGGCACUGCAUCGCGCAUUUGCGAGCAAUGAUCAGGCCACUGGAGCCAUUUUGGCCAACACUGCUUCACUCCCGCCGUUUGAAGUGACUCUGAGUGACCUGAAGCUUGCUAUGCGAGGGAUUCGACCGAGUGCUUUGCGUGAGAUUUCGGUGGAUGUGCCUCGUGUCUUGUGGAGUGACAUCGGUGGACAAGAUGCACUUAAACAAGCUUUACGGGAGGCGGUGGAAUGGCCCCUGCAACACCCUGAAGCCUUUACACGAAUGGGAAUUCGACCACCAAAAGGUGUUCUGUUGUAUGGUCCUCCAGGAUGUAGUAAAACGCUGGCAGCCAAGGCUCUGGCCACUGAAAGUGGCAUGAAUUUUAUUGCUAUCAAAGGCCCCGAGCUGUUUAGCAAAUGGGUUGGUGAAUCCGAACAGCAGGUGCGAGAAGUGUUCCGCAAGGCGCGUGCUGCGUCCCCAACUGUGGUCUUUUUCGAUGAGAUUGACGCGCUUGCGAGUACACGUGGAGCUGGAGGUAGCAGUAGCGCAUCAGACCGUGUGCUGAGUCAACUAUUGACCGAGUUGGAUGGAUUAGAACCUCUGAAGCGCGUCUUAGUGGUGGCCGCUACGAACCGCCCUGAUCUGCUAGACCCAGCUUUGAUGAGGCCCGGUCGUAUCGACCGUGCGCUGUACGUGUCCCCGCCUGACGUCCCUGCGCGCGAGCAGAUCUUGAGGAUCCACACACGGAAAACACCGCUGGCGUCGGACGUCAGCUUGACGGAAUUGGCCAUUGCCACCGCUCGGUUCUCAGGAGCAGAGCUUCAAGCUCUUUGUCGUGAAGCUGCUCUCCACGCAGUGGAGGAAGACCGGGUGGCUGUUAAUGUUGGAAAGCGGCACUUUGUGCGUGCGUUGUCGGUGGUGACACCGCAGAUCGACGAUCGGAUGUUGACAUUUUUCGAGCAAUUCCGUGAUGGCCAACGGAGAUGA